AGCUGAGAACCCCAGGGUUAAGGUUUCAGAACGAGGACAAAAAACACUUUGCAUUACUUCUGACAGGACCGAAUGGAAGAUCAGCACAGGUGCUGCUCACUUUGGCCAUCCCAGGCCACCUGGUCUUCAUCUACGCCAUUUACCUAAUACAAGGCAGCCCGGAUCCACCCACUGCAGUCUUCAUUUUCUUCUAUUUGGCAGCUGCUUUCACUCAGGUGUUUCUUCUGCUGGGCAUAGUUGAUGUGAUGGUUCAUUGCUUGUGGAAGUGCGGCAGGGAUCCUGAUAGCUUCUCCAUCCCGUAUCUAACAGCUCUGGGGGAUCUUUUGGGCACCGGCUUUCUGACACUGUGUUUUCUUCUUAUGUCACUGGUGACAUAAACAUUAAAAUUACAUUGUCCGAUUUCAUUAAACAGAUUA